ACACCGUGUAACACGUUUACCGUCUGUGAAAAGUCAACGUCUAAAGUUUCCACUGAACAAAACGCAUAUUUUAACUGAUGUUCGCAUAUGAGUUAUGACUAACAAUCAUGUAUUAUUUAUCAACACACAUCUGUGAAAAUUCUAUUCUGUUUUCCGAUGGCACACGAAUAUUUCAGAAAUUUCUGCUUUUCUUACACAUUUUCUUCAUUUAACUACCAGUUUUAAUGCGGGCGUCGUCAAUAUACCAUUAUUCGGAACAGUUAUUUGAGAAAAGGGCUCUCGACUCUGCAAAUAAAUAAAUUGUGUUGUGCGUUUGAGGAGAAACUGUGUUAAUUAACUUUAAAGGUCUGGUACGGCUAAUUGCAAUCUUACAACGGUGCUUAAUGACUGAAUCACUCCAAAGCGAAGAAGUGUACAAGAGGAAUCAACGAUUUGUUUUUUUUUGCGCAUUUUUGUAUUUUCCUCAACCAAAACUUAUUUUUGAUCAUGUGGGAAAUGUGAGGAGUGACGAAUAAAUGAUAAACUAUUAUUUAGAGAAUUUAAGUUAUUUUUAGCGGCAAUUGUAUGAUGAACAAAAUGCAAGCAGACAAAAAUGAUACGGUCAAGUCAUAUGAAAGAGCUGAAAAAACGAGAAACGAAGGAAAUAAAUUCUUUCUCGAAAAGAGUUUUUUCGAUGCGUUGCUUAAGUACAACGAAAGUUUAAGUUUUGCUGAACGAGCGAGUGAAGCACUUGGUCUUGCCUAUGCAAACAGAUCGGCAGUGUAUUAUGAAAUGAAAUUGUUCGGAAAGAGUUUACACAAUAUCGAACUAGCACGCCUCAAUGGCUAUCCUGAAAAGAACUAUCACAUUUUAGACAAGCGAACUGAGAAAUGCAAAUCGCAAAUUGAAAGUGGAACGGAAGUAAAACUCGAUGAGAAUCCAUUUGAGUUUAUUAAGCUGUCCAAUGAGGUCAACACAAAAUUGCCGUUCGUUUCGAAUAGUCUUGAAUUGAGGAGUAGCGAGAAAUUUGGACGAUAUAUCGUGUCCAAUAGAGAUUUGAAAGUCGGCGAUAUUGUUGCGAUCGAACGGCCACAUUUUAAGAUAAUUAAAACCGAUAGUCGUUACGAUGGAUGCGAUGGAACGAACAAAUAUCAGAGGUGUGCAUACUGCUUGAGAAGCAAUUUAUUAGAUCUGCUCCCGUGUCCAACGUGUGCGUUAACUAUGUACUGCUCGGACCAAUGCCUAAAAAACGCACUGAACGAAUAUCACAACUACGAGUGUCCCAUUGUCGACUUGCUGCACAAGUCUGGAGUCAUGCAAAUGGCAAUGAUAACAUUUUUCCGGGCUCUGUCGAUUUCUGACGGAUCAAUAUCGAAUUUGGAACAAAUUUUCAACGAAAUCGAAAGUGAAUCCCAUUCAGUCUAUGACUUUGACUUCUCGGAUCCCGAUAAUCGAGCAAAUGGUAAAAAUUAUCUGAUUUCAUUGCUGUGUCUUGCACGUAACGACAAAGACUACAGAAAUGACUCGCCAGAGAAACUGUUUAAAGUUCAUCCAGCAUUGUCUGCUAUGUGGGAUUCGCACGAAGCUUUCAUCCGGAAAUUUAUUUUGCGAAUUUUGCAAAUCGGAGAUUCCAAUUUCCAUGGCAUAUGCGGCUGGUCAUUGCGAAAGUAUGAUCAGGUUCCGCAAAUGAUCGGCAUUGGAUGCUAUCCAUUCAUUUCACUGGUGAACCAUGGAUGUGCACCGAAUGUGAAUCGCAUUUAUGUGGAAGAUAAAAUGAUGUUGUUGGUGGAACGACCCAUACGAAAGGGAGAACAACUUUUCGACUGCUAUAAAAACACUUUUUUCAUCCAACCGAAAGCAGACCGUCAACUAACGUUACUCGACAAUUACGGUUUCCUUUGCGAUUGUGUUGCAUGUACAAGUGACUAUCCAGUUUUUCAUCGACUUAAAACAGUAGACAGAUCGAUUUACAAAGCAGCAAGAAAGGGAAAGGACGAACUUCCGAAAUUGGAUGGCAAUCUAGCGAAGAAGCGCUUCAGAGAUUAUUGCGAAACAGUACAAAAGCAUCACGACAGAGCUUUUCCAUCGGCAGAGAUUGUAGUUCUGCAGGAAAGUAUCCUGCAAUGCAUAUCGAUUGUAAUUAAGCCGAAACUCGUCAUACCGUAAGUCAGGUUUAGCUAAGAUUUCCCAAGUUCCUGGUUCGUUGAACCGAAAAAUAUUUUCACAAAAUCCAAAGUCACAAUUUUAACAAAAAAAUAAAAUUUUAUUUCAAAUGC